AUGGGUGGUUUCCGUCAGAAAUGGCGGAAGUCGAUGCAUGGAUUGACCUCUGCAUGUUUGUUUUUCGUUGACAGGUUGAUGACGCCAGGGAGUGAAAUUCGGUUUGUCCAUAAACACAUGGGCCUGGUGCCAGGCUGGGGAGGAGCUGCCCGGCUGGUGCGGAUCGUUGGCAGCGCGGCUGCCCUCCGGCUGCUGAGCGGGGCUGCCAGGGUGGACCCCGAGAGAGCUCUGUGCCUUGGGCUCUCGGAGGAGACGUUGUCGUCUUCAGAUGAAACGGGAGCGUUAGAAGAAGCCCAAGCCUGGCUGAGUCAGUACACAGAGGGUCCAGCCAGCGUGAUUCGGGCUGUGAAAAAAGUGGUGACAGCGGGAAGAGAGCUACCACUGGAAGCUGCCCUAAGGACAGAGAAGGACAUUUUCGGAACUGUAUGGGGUGGGCCUGCCAACUUGCAGGCGUUGGUUACGAGACCAAAACAUAAAUGA